GGCUCCAGGAAGGGAUGGUUUUGCUUUGGGUCGUUCUUCUCUUCUCCUCAACGAUCUGUCAAGCUGAUCGGAAUGGUCUCACGCAAGAAAAGAUUCCAGCGGCUUUCGUGGGCGAUGAUCAUCGCCUAGAGGAGGAGGAGAUUAUUGCCGAGAUUGUGCUUGGAGGAGUGGCAAACCAAGACGUAGAGGUGGAUGAAUUCUUCCUUGUAGACGAGGUGGAAGAAUUAUUUUUUAAGGAGACAAAGGUAGAAGAAAUCUCUCCAGGAAAAGAGGUGGAAACGAUCGUUGUACGCGAAGAUGAGACUGUAUUGCUGCCGUAUGUCUGUACAUGGGGGCUCAUACUUCUAGGAAUUGUGUUGGCGAAGAAGCGCGUUUUGAGGAUUCGAGCUCGGGGGAGCAAGGAUCACAAACUUCCAGUCGAAAGCUUCAAGCCCCCAGUGGCUCCAGUGGAUACUUCAGUCAUUGAAACCUUUGGUGAGAUCAUAGCGGAAGCUCUGCAUAAGAACACCGGCAAGCUCUCCGAGGAGGCUGUGCGAGGCCUAAGUAAAGAAAAACUUUGCGAGGUGAUCGGAAGAAGAAAGGCCGAGAGGAUUGCCCGCAGAUUUUCCAGGGCCUUCAUCGCCAAGUACUGAUGAACAAGCAACAAGGACGUGAUCUUCCUUCGUUUUCUCUUGUUUGAUGGUUGAGAGCAAGACUUAAAAUCGUCGACGUGGUUGUAUGAGUGCGUAAUGGAACAGAAUUCCUCAAACCUAAAUUUUGCAAACAAAAACCACACAAAGUACAAGUUAUCAACAAAUUUCUGAUAUAUGUUAAA